GCCUGGAGGGCUCCCGCGCGAGCCCGGGCACGGCGCUGCCGGCGGCCGCGAGCACGGCGGCGGCGCCGAGGGGCUGGCGGCCGCCGCGAGGCUGCCGGCGGCAGGCCGCGCGAGCUCGCACGCCGAGGGCCCGCGGGACCUGGCGCCGGCCGCGGGGUGCGAGGCGCUCGGCGCCCGCGGCCUCCGGCAAGGCCUCGCCGCCGCGAGGAGCCUUCCCGAGGCCGCGCCCGAGGUCACCCCGACGGACGUUGGCCAGGCCUUCGCCUUGGCACACUUCUCGCAGGAAGAGGCCGAGCUCAAGGACGUCAGGCUGUGGGGCGGCGGUCCGCUGCUCCGGACGCCGAAGCGCCACGAGUUCGCCUCCGGCGCGGUCUACGACGGGCAGUGGCAUCGCCGGAGGCGCGACGGGUGGGGCUCCAUGCGGUGGCCGGAUGGCAGCCGGUACGAGGGCGAGUGGCGGAGCAACAAGGCCACGGGCAAGGGGCGCUUCCGGCACGUGCAGGGCGACGCCUACUGCGGGGAGUGGACUGAAUGCCAAGCCCAUGGCAAUGGCGUCUUUAGGAAGAAGGACGGGACUGUCUAUUUCGGCCAGUUCGCUGACGAUCUCAUGCACGGGUACGGCGAGGAGCUGUGGCCCGACAAGUCCAGGUUCGCUGGGGAGUUCGUCCGGGGCCAGAAAUCCGGGCACGGGGUGUACCACUGGCCCGAGGGCUCCGAGUACGCAGGCCAGUGGCGCGACAAUAAGAUCGAUGGCAUCGGCCGGUACAGAGGCAAGGACGGGCGCCAGUACUCUGGUCUGUGGUCCGACGGGCAGCUUCACGGAUGCGGCCGCUACACGUGGGCCAACGGCCAAUCGUUCGCCGGCCAGUACGCGCGAGAUGAGAAGUCCGGAUACGGGGUCUUCACGUGGAAGGACGGGCGCCGGUACGAGGGCUUCUGGGCCGACGGCAUGCAGCACGACGCCGGCAAGCUCUGCAGCCCGACGCACGGCGCCCGCAUGGCCAAGUGGAAUCGCGGCAAGCACGUCAGGUGGCUUGACCUUCCAGAGGACCCGAGCGGAAGCCGGG